AUGUCUAAUCCGAUUGCGCUCCGAAAAGGAUGUCAGAGCCCUAAUCUCCAGGCCCUAACUUCCUAUUCGGGGCCACUGAUUGAAGAUCGGCGGGCUAAACUUCACGCGUCGGGACGCGCCAAUGCCAGCCUCUUCGACAUCGUUGAGCCCCUGAGCGACUUUCUGCUUAAAAUUGAGAUCUUUCAAAUCCGAUUCAAGUCGUUCUGCCUGCUACCUUUGAUCAUGGUUAACAUUCAGGAUCUCCCGCCCGAGCUUCUGACCCGCAUCAUCUUCUUUAUUGCCCCUCUUCGGGGUCCACUCCCGCCUGGCUUUCUGGAGAAACUAAGCUCUAAGAAGCCCAACAAUGAUGCUGAUCCGAGUGCCGACGCCAACCCCAACGAGGAUGAUGCCAGUGGAGUGAACACAGACCAAACGCUUGAUGACGAGGAUGCUUGGGAAGAUGAGAUAAAGGGCCAGGAGAAGGAUGAAAAGGAAACGCUUGGGCCAGUGUAUAGUCGGCCGCACAGGGAUCUACGGAAUCUCUGUCUAGUGUCGCGCCUAUUUCGAGACUUAGCACAACCUUAUCUUUUCUACAAUUUCGAGGACAUGGGAUUAAGCGGCUACCUAACUCAGACCGUCUCCUUCGCCCAAGCCCUUUAUCUCCGCCCACAGCUCGGAGAGCAUGCCGCAAUCAAGGACCUACAAUUGGGUGCUCAGGAGAAAGCGUGGAUCUCCGGGCUCAAGCUCCGCGACCUUACUAUCCUUACCGCUCUACUGAUCAACAAAACUCCCCAUAUUCGUGAAUUGUUCCUGCCAGCGGGCCACAUCCGCAUGGGAUGCCUUGAUCAUCUUUUCAACCGCAAUCCAUCAUUGUUGUCUGAACUUCAAUCCAUCUCAUUCGAAGGAGAUGACUACUUUCUCUGCUUUGACGUUGCGCAUUACCAUAGAUUUUUAACACUUCCAAACCUCCAAGAGGCCAAUUUUGAAUUUGCUAAACUUUCAGACGAAUCAUUCCCAACUUCCUGGGCCCCUGGCACAGUGAAUGCGGAGAAAAUCAGCUUUCGCCGCUGCCACAUGGAUGUCGGAGGCAUGGAAAGGUUCAUGCAAGCCUUCAAACGACUCAAAUAUUUCUCCUAUAAGAACUUUCAUGUGGAUAUACAUCGUGAAAGAAUACCGACGCCGACCCCCAAGCGCGAAUUCAAUGCCCCGCAGUUUUACCAAGCUAUUCUUCCACACAAGGACACUCUUGAGCAUAUCGGGCUCACAUUCGCUGACGAUCCGUGGGACCUGGAAAAUCUUGAAGAACACCUUUCUCGUCGCGGCACGCUUGGCUCAUUCCGUGACUUUGACGCCCUUGAGUCCGUGUACAUCGCGCAUGCUAUUCUCCCACCCCAUCCCGACUUCCCACCUUCUCUCAAAACGCUCCAUAUCGCGGACUGCAAGUCCUCCAUCCGCGACAUGGUCGGCCAUAUUGCGGCGGACUGUCAAAAGGGUCUCUAUCCGAACUUAACCGAGUUCAAGGUCUUCGCCCUCGAUAUUACCCAGCCCGUCAAACUUCCCGGACAGAUCAUCCCGGACGGCAAGACGCCUGAGCAAUGUUUUCACAGCCUCCGGGAUCUCUUCAAGGAUACCAAAGUUGACUUCCAGAUCAUGCCGUUCCAUAUGUGGGACUUGAGGGAUCUUAUGGACUCUGAUAACUAUGAUGAUUAUGAUGACUAUGACGAUGAAUACGAUGGCUCCGAUCUCGACUAUCAUCAUCAUGUGAUGGAUCUGGUUGAUCAUGACUUUCCGAUCGGGGAAGGGUUCGGGCCUGGGCACCACUUUGGACUGGGGACACCGUUUGGGCCGAUGGAUGGAGCUAUUUUUGAUGCUUUGGCACGGGCUCUAGGACCCCCAGAUAAUGAUGCAAGUGAUAAUUCUUGGGAAACGGACGAGGACGACUAA